GCGCAGGCUGAGUGCGGUACAGGCGUGCGUGUGUGGAGUUUGGUGUACUUUGUCUUGUCAUGGCCGCUGCUCCUCGUCGGCUUAUUGGGAUGACAAAGCAGCCAUUACGGAAUUCGUGGCUGAAACCCACAACUGCGGUCCAGGUGUCUUUGGUGGCCUCAAUACUGACAACUCUUCUGAUCACAUUCCAGCUUCUUGACCCAGGACAGGAAAUCGAUCGCUCGAGCGGCAGGCAUAGGAAGUGGGGCUCGGAUGGUGGGCUGUUUGGCGGAAAGGGUGGGGGGGGAGGACUCGGAGGAGGCAUUGUAUCUUCCCUCCUGCAAAGACGGAAUCGAACGGCAAUCUCCUCUUCCUCGGCCGGCAAGGAAGAUCUCAAUGGCCAGGGAGGGAAGGAUUCUAGCGAAACGGACCCCUCAGAAGAUCAGUGGGCGGCGGAGGAACACUUUGUUCCUGAAAUCGUGUCCGUCGAUCCGUAUCAUGCACCGGCGGCCGGUGGGGAAACGAUCACCAUACAGGGGUAUGCCCUGGGUGCCCAGAUAGUGGCGAAGAAACAGCGCCUUCUCCUCGAGAAGGAGAAGUCCAAGACUAUGCAGGCAGCCGAUGCUGGUACCGGGGCAGGAGAGGGAGGAGCUGCAGAGUCUGAUGGGAACGGGAAAGGAGAAGAAGAGGAUGAGGAUGAGGACGAACAAAAUGCUCGCCCGGAGGAGGCUGUUUAUGUGCUGAUUGGUGGAACCCCCUGCACCAGGUUGGAAGCCGUUGAAGGCGGUGACAAGGACUCGUGGAAUCAGGGCGCUGCGGAAUCUCUCCGUUGCAUAGUUCCUCCCGGUGUGGGGAUCCGAAUGAACGUCCAGGUGAGCGUUCAUUACGAAACGGGUGAGGUGAAGAUCAGUCGAAGAAACAAGCUUUUCUCGUACGAUGAUCCGGAGGUACUUCAGGUGUCUCCUACGCAAUGCCCCGUCUCCGGGGGUUGCACCAUCACCAUCACGGGGAAGAACUUCGGACCCGCAGACGAUCGUUUCCCGGUCGAUGCGCUUGUCGGGGGAACGCCCUGCAGUCAGACGGUUAAGAUAAUGGAUUCGUCGUUGCUCUGUGCCGUGCCACGCGGCACUCCCGGAGCGAAAGCUGUCGUUGUGGCUGUCGGCAUCGGCGAGCACCAUGUCGAGUCGCGCUACAAUCGACUGUUUAGUUACAUCCUCACUCCUGAAGAGAAGCUGGACUUGGAGAGAGACUCAAUAGUCGAGGGCCUUCCUGUGAAAUUCCGUGAGGUUCCGGUUGUCAUGCAUUUGGGAGAGGUCAAGCGCGCAAGACCAUUUGAAACCUACUUCAAGGACCCGCUGACCGGUCAGACGUGUUCCUACAGCAUGCCACCCCACUUGAUUGAGGUUCUUCCCACAGAAGACCUUCCUCACCACAACUUUGACACGUGUGCGGUUGUCGGCGGCCAUCGGUCCCUCUACCAGCACGAUCGGAGCGUGGAAAUCGACUCUGCUGCUGCCGUCAUUCGGAUCAACUUGGAAAACUCCGAAAAGCACCCUCUGGAAUCCUACGGUGGCCGUCGAGCCGACUUCCGGGUCAUUUCCACAGCGGCUGUCAAGGUGUUCCUUGACCGCGCCCCUGGCAACCUAGGAAGGGCCCAAUUACCCUACCCCUUUUCUAACACCCGGCUCAUCAUUUGGAGCGAGUAUGCACAGGACCUUUACGUCCAGCUGAUGCGCACGUUUCACCGAAUCCCAGCUUUCUUCCUGUCGAGGCACUUUGCACACAGCGUGCACGUGUUGUACGCCGAGCUCUCAAGGCGGCUCGAAAGGCUUGGUAUUGUGGACCUACAAGCGACAAGGUUGCGGUCCCGCCGGCAACGACAACAGCAGCCCUUGCUCAAAGACAUGGAUGAAGAGGAGGACCGUGAGGAGAACAUGGGCAGAGAUGAAACCGGAGAACAGGAAGGACAUGAGCAGAUCGACAAGGAGGACGGUGAGCGAAGGACUGGGCAGGAAGGUGGGGUGAAUGAGCAGAAUUCUUUCAGGAUCGUGGACACGAGAACACCUCCGGCUGCUCGGAGCAACCUUAGGUGGAUUGAGGUGAAGAGAGAGAACGGCCGAGGAGAAGGAGGUGGUACUGGGAAGCGAUUUGCAAGGGGCAGAGCAAUUUUGCACACCGAGGCAGGUUCCAUUCUGGUUAAUAGUGAGGGCAGAGAACCGACACAAGUGUUGAGAAGGAGGAAAGGGGUCCAAAAUGUGGAUGGCGCAGGCGACUCAAGUCCGAAUCAUGUGCUUCAAGAUGCCGCCUUUGGUCGACUUCGAAAUCCAAUGGGCGAGAACAACACCCGAGGGAUAGGAGGACGCCAGAAAGAUGACGACUUUCGUCCAGAUCAUAGCAGUCGCGACCUUGUAGUUCAUGGCCGCAGUGCCUUUAGUAAGCUUCAGAGUGCAGGGGAUACGACUACUGACAGGAGUGUCGAUGGUGAUGUGACGGUUAUGGGAGUUACGCCAGAACAGUGGUUGUCAUUGAACCACACUAAUUAUCUUGCACACGAGAAUGCGGAGGAUCGGUUAAGAGAACGCAGUCUGGGUAUGGGUCGUAUGGCCGUGCCUGCUAGGCGAAGACAGUCCAGGUACAUGGCUGCACGUGUCGGGCUAAGGCAGUCCAGCAACAUGGCUGCACAAGGCGUUAUCCGCAGGGAAGAGGAAGAAACCUUUAGGAGAUCCAAUGGCACCUCCUUCUCCACAGAGAGCCGCAAUCUACGACACCUGCUUGCCGAAUCUGGCCUCUCUGGCCUUGCAAGGUUUAGGUCCGAUUCGGAUGAGACUUCAAACAACAGCUCGAUUGCGAAGCUAACAUCGGCACACUGGACUGCGCUGGACGACUCUCUGUCAGGAGUCAACGAUGUCGAACCCCAGAAUCCGAGUACGCCCUCAGCGGAGUUUUAUGCAACGAUGUUUGCGAUACAGAUCUGUGACCGGGUGGACCUUUAUGGGUUUCCACCAUAUUCAAAGAUGGACGAGUACUACGCGAUGGUGAACAGAGAUUCACAGCAGGACAGCGCUGAAGGAGACCAGCGGACGGGCAGCAGACGGGUUCUGCUGUCCAGGCGGCGGGCUUCCCGGUUGGCGUAUCGAGGUCAUGGACAAGUGAACGGUCUUGGCGAGGAUGCUCGGGUAGUGGAGAAACCGGCAGAGGACAUGGGUCUGGUGCGGGACACGGUUCCCACGGGCCCGAAGUUGGAUCUUGAGGCAGCACUCCUACAUCUCCUCGAGCUGCACGAUUAUGUCCAUGUUCAUUAUUGAUGUACAAUGUAUAGAGCAACCUUUCACACACACACACACACACACACACACACACACACACAAUGUACAAUGUAUAGAGCAACCUUUGCCACACACACACACACACACACACACACACACACACUGACAUACAAUAAAGAAGAAGAAGAAGACAGAACAAAGAGACCGUUCACAUUAACGAAGAAGUUGUGGUUGACUCAGAAAGAAAAACCUUAGUCCAUGAGUGUAGCUAGGUAGCGUUCACGACUGUCCCACCCCUACAGCAGACUUCUUUCAACCUUACAGCAGAGUCAGCAGACUUAUUUUUCUUGUUUCUUCAUGACCGCAAGAGGGAGUGCAAUUCUUCUGAAGUCAGGUAUCUGGCCCAUAUAUGGCUGAUGGUAUACACAUGUAACUGUUAGGAAAAGAAAAAGAAAGGAAAAUAAAUGCAAGAGUUUGGA